CCCGUCUCCUAAACCUAAUUCCAACGAAUACAUUUUUGUUUUAAAUUUUGUUACAUUAUUAUGAGCAAAACAGAGUUGAAGAUUUUACUCUCUCAAUCUUUACGUUCUCUGAAAUCCUCUGCUAACUGCUCCCUUUCAUCAUACUUGUUCAAAUUUCCAUUUACUAUUGCUCGGUCCGUUGCCACUUCUUCGGAGGACAAUCUUGAAGGGUUGGUUCAUCCUGAUGACAAUUUUUUAAAGGAUAGUUCUCGGCCUCCGACUGAUUUGGCUGAGGAAUACUCUUUUUUGCGCAAUGGGUUGUUGGAUUCGAGUGCCGAAUGCGGGUAUUCGUCGCGAAGGGUUUGUUCUGGUGAGUUAUCUGAUGAGGCUGUACUGAUGUCGAAUGCUAUUAGGAGACAAAGUGAUGGGUUUGGUUAUGAAACCCAGAAAUUUCUCAGGCAGUUUCGGGGGAAAUUGAACAAAAAUUUAGUUGUGGAGGUCUUGAAUCUUGUGAAGGAUCCUGCCUUGUGUGUUAAGUUUUUCUUAUGGGCGGGUCGUCAAAUCGGUUAUAGUCAUACACAAGCAGUGUAUGAUGCUCUUCUGGAUAUACUGUGUUGUAACGAUAACGAGAGAGUUCAGGAAAAAUUUUUACGAGAAAUAAAAGACGACGAUAACGAAGUGCUCCGGAAGUUGCUUGAUGUUCUGGUACGGAAGUGUUGCCGUAAUGGGUUGUGGAGCAUGGCGUUGGAAGAACUGGGGAGACUGAAGGAUUAUGGGUACAAGCCCUCACGGACAACUUAUAACGCCUUGGUUCAAGUUUUCCUUAAAGCUGGAAAAUUAGACACUGCUUAUUUGGUUUACAAAGAGAUGUCCAACUAUGGAUUUGAUAUGGAUGGGUUUACUCUGAGUUGUUUUGCCUAUUCCCUCUGCAAAGCGGGGAGGUUAAGGGAUGCUCUGACAUUGAUAGAGAAGGAGGAAUAUGUUCCUGAUACUGGAUUUUAUAAUAGGAUGAUCUCUGGAUUAUGUGAAGCUUCACAUUUCGAAGAAGCCAUGGAUAUCUUAAACAGAAUGCGCUCUGACGGAUGCAUUCCUAAUGUUGUGACUUAUAGGAGCUUGCUUUCUGGCUGUUUGAAGAAAGGACAGCUGGGCAGAUGCAAGAGAAUUCUUAGUUUGAUGAUUACUGAAGGCUGUUACCCAAAUCGUGAAAUAUUUAAUUCUCUAGUACAUGCUUAUUGCAAAUCAAGGGACUACUCUUAUGCCUAUAAGUUGUUUAAGAAAAUGAAUAACUGCGGGUGUCAGCCUGGCUAUUUGGUUUAUAAUAUAUUGAUUGGUGCUAUAUGUGGCAAUGAAGAACUGCCAUCCUCAGAUAUGUUAGAAUUGGCUGAAAAAGCUUACUCUGAGAUGCUUAAUGUAGGGGUUGUUUUGAAUAAGAUCAAUGUCAGCAACUUUGCACGGUGUCUCUGUGGGGCUGGAAAAUUUGAUAAGGCUUUUAAGAUUAUGUCUGAAAUGAUGAGCAAGGGUUUCAUUCCUGAUGAUAGUACAUACUCCAAAGUGAUUGGUUUCCUUUGUGAUGUCUCAAAGGUGGAAAAGGCAUUUUUGUUGUUUGAAGAGAUGAAAAGAAAUGGUGUUGUUCCUAGUGUUUACACUUAUACAAUUUUAAUUGAUAGCUUCUGCAAAGCUGGUCUCAUUGAACAGGCUCGUAAAUGGUUAGAUGAAAUGGUCAGAAAUGGUUGCACUCCUAAUGUGGUGACUUAUACUGCCCUUAUUCAUGCAUACCUAAAAGCCAGAAAGGUGUCCAAUGCAAAUGAACUGUUUGAGAUGAUGUUGGUAGAAGGAUGCAAACCCAAUGUUAUUACCUAUACGGCUUUAAUUGAUGGCCUUUGCAAGGCUGGGCAGAUCGAAAAAGCAUGCCAAAUCUAUGCCAGAAUGAGAAGUAACAUAGAAACUUUAGAUAUGGACAUUUAUUUCAGGUCAAAUGACAACAGCUGUGAAAAACCAAAUGUUGUUACAUAUGGGGCUUUGUUGGAUGGCCUGUGCAAAGCAAACCGGGUCAAAGAGGCCCAUGAACUUUUGAAUUCUAUGUCUGGUCGAGGUUGUGAGCCUAAUCAUAUAGUGUAUGAUGCUCUUAUAGAUGGCUUUUGCAAGGCUGGAAAGCUUGAGGACGCCCAAGAGGUGUUUGCCAAGAUGUCAGAGCGUGGAUACAGCCCAAAUUUGUAUACCUACGGCUCUUUAAUUGAUGUGCUGUUUAAAGAGAAAAGAUUGGAUCUUGUUUUGAAGGUCUUGUCCAAGAUGCUGGAGAAUUCUUGUGUUCCCAAUGUUGUUAUUUACACAGAGAUGAUAGACGGUCUCUGCAAAGUUGGAAAGACAGAUGAGGCUUACAAGCUCUUGCUUAAGAUGCAAGAAAAAGGCUGCAAUCCAAAUGUUGUAACUUAUACUGCCAUGAUUGAUGGAUUUGGGAAAUUAGGUAAAAUUGAAAUGUGCCUUGAGCUACUGAGAGAUAUGUGCUCUAAAGGUUGUGCUCCAAACUUUAUAACCUACAGGGUCUUGAUAAAUCAUUGUUGUUCCGCUGGCCUUCUUGAUGAGGCUCACAGACUUUUAGAUGAAAUGAAUCAAACUUAUUGGCCAAAACAUAUCUCAAGCUAUUGUAAAAUUGUCGAAGGUUUUAGCAGAGAAUUUAUAACCUCUACUGGGCUUUUAAAUGAGUUGGCUGAGAAUGAGUCAGUGCCUAUGCUUCCUGUUUACAGAGUUUUAAUUGAUAAUUUUGUCAAGGCUGAUAGACUAGAGGCUGCUUUAAAGUUACUAGAAGAAGUUCCCUUGUCUUCAACUGUUGAAGAUGGCAGUAGACAUUUAUAUGCCUCAUUGAUUGAGAGUCUGUCACAGGCAAGUAAGGUCGAUAAAGCAUUUGAGCUAUAUGCAACCAUGAUAAGUAGGAAUAUUGUUCCGGAGCUGAGCACAUUUGUUCAUCUCAUCAAAGGCCUUACUAGGGUUGAUAGGUGGCAAGAAGCACUUGAAUUAUCAGAUAGCAUUUGUCAAAUGGACAUCCGUUGGCUUCUCAAAGAGAUCCCCAGUCAACAUAAAACAUCUGUCGUACAGACUGGAAGUGACUGAUGGGAGAUGGGCACAGUCAGGAAUUGUCUGGUCAAGCAGGUAAGUUUUUUAUCAGGUUUGCUGUUAUUGGUCCUGUCAUGAUCAUCUGGCAUCAACUGUAACAAUCACUUUCAGUGAUCCUAGAGCUCUUGUAUGUUUCUGCUACAAAGGAAAAAUGAUUUUGUUUCUGGUGGCAUUGCAUCACCAAGUCCCUGUGACCCCAAUGCAAAAUUUGGGAGUUCGUAAACAAUAUGAAUCAUAUCUUGGUUGAUCAACUCAACGAUGAAUGAAUUUGGCGGCCAUUUUCGCUUUUACAAGACAGACAAGGAGAGCCGGGAGGUUGGCAGGGAGACGUUCGCCUGUGGAGGCCACUGUUAUCCUUGAGAUCAAGGGUCACCGUUGUGUGUUGAGGAAUAGCCCCGUUUUGUCUACUUGAUGGAAAUGAAGUUGGAUUCCAUUGCACCAAAUUCAAGGAUUGAGAAGGAAAAUUUGAAAUGUCAAGGAUGACAAAUUUAUCGCCAGGUUCAUGAACUUCACAAAGGGUAGUGUACGGUAUGGUUAGGUUACUCUAGGCGCAAGGAGGGAGUAUUUAAUUGGAGAAUCAGAAUGUUGGCCCAAAAA